UAUUCGGAUCACGUGAACUGUUACUUUCCUCCGACACCCCUUGUGUGGCUGCGGCCGGCUGCCUCGCUUAUAAAGACGACCUGGAGUUCUUUGACACACUUCUUCAACAAUGAAACUCCUGACGGUUACCUUGCUUUUGUGCAUAAUACUUUACGUACGAGCGCAAAACAAAUAUACCAACAAAUAUGAUAACGUAAACGUCGAUCAGAUUUUGACCAACAACCGUGUCCUCUCCAACUACAUCAAAUGUUUGAUGGAAGAAGGACCCUGCACACCGGACGGAAGAGAAUUGAAAAAGACGCUACCAGAUGCAUUAUCGAGUGAAUGUUUGAAAUGCAACGAGAAGCAAAAGGAAACAGCCGAAAAGGUGAUCCGUCAUCUGAUGAAGAACAGGCCUAACGAUUGGGAGAGGCUUUCGAAGAAGUACGAUCCCAACAUGGAAUACAAGAAAAAGUUCGACAAGAAACUUUAAGAAGAUGCUACUUAAUCCCGUAGAAUUAGAAAUAACCUGAAUACAAAAGUUGCGUCCAAAGAGGAAGGAGGAAUCGUGAUUUGCUUCUCGAGAUUAUUAUCAUUCAAUAACUGGUUUCUUAAAUUGAA